GCCGGAGCCGGAGCCGGAGCCAGAGCACGGGCUGUACGGAGCAGGCGGCGGGAAGGUAGCGGAGUCGGGCGACUCGCGGCCCCGGCGCGGCCUCCACUAGGGCCAAGACCCGCACACCUGCCGGGCCGGGGAGAAGUCGGGGGCCGCGCGCAGGCGAGGACCCGCUGCCCGGCCCGGGGGAGAUCCCAGGACGCGGACCGGGCAGCUCGGGUCCGAGGUGAACCUGGGCGGAGGACGCGCCCACCGGAGGUGCAGCCUCGGAGCUCCAAACCCAGCCCACUCGGGGCUGGGGUCCCCAUAGGAGGCGGACAGCCGAGGCGACGUGCGUCGGGAGCCAGCGCGAUUCCUGCGGGAGCGGAGGAGCCGAGUCGGAGGGAGCGCGGCGCCCGGCCAUGCACCGGGCGCAGUAGCGGGAGGCGCGGGCCCGAUGGCGCGGGCCGGGGCGCGGAGACUGCUCGGCGGCCGCUGUCCGCCCGGGCUCCGGCUCGCGCUCGCGCUUCGGCUCGCAUUGCUGCUGGCGCGGCCGCCGUCGGGCCGCGCGGGGGCCCCCGAGGCGCAGGGUCCCGCGACGCCGGGCACUACAGCCCCGGCGGGGGGCGACCGCUGUCGCGGCUACUACGACGUGAUGGGUCAGUGGGACCCGCCCUUCAACUGCAGCUCGGGCGCCUACAGCUUCUGCUGCGGCACGUGCGGCUACCGCUUCUGCUGCCACGACGGGCCGCGGCGCCUCGACCAGAGCCGCUGCUCCAACUACGACACGCCGGCCUGGGUCCAGACAGGCCGGCCGCCCGCCCGCGCCCGCGACACCGCAGCGCCCCGGGACCCGGGCCGCGAGCGCAGCCACACGGCCGUCUACGCGGUGUGCGGCGUCGCCGCGCUGCUGGUGCUGGCCGGCAUCGGGGCGCGCCUGGGUCUGGAGAGGGCGCACAGCCCGCGCGCGCGGCGCACCGUGACCAGGGCGCUGACGGAGCUUCUGAAGCAGCCGAGCCCCCAGGAGCCAUUGCCUCCCACCCUGGGCCCGCCCCUGGGUGACUGUGUCCAGGUGCAGAUGGGGGACGGCCUUCCCCGGGGCUCCCCCCACAACAGCUCAGGUCCCAGGACUCCGCGCCUGGCUCGAGCGUCGCCUCCGGGCGAGCCGUUCAUGAGGGUGGCACCCCCCGGGCUGGCUGCCGCCGCCGCUGCGCGUGACCCGGAGCCAGGCCCUGUUCCCGGCGCUGGAGGCUGCCGCGAAGACAGGCUUGGCUCGCAGCCUCGCCGGGAGAACGGUCCCCCAGGUUCUCACCGAACCGCCUCGGGGAGAGGGCUGCGGAGAGGUGACAGCGAGGGCGGAGUGACCCGGGGUAUCGGGCCGAGCCGCGUCUCACUCCUCGCUCCAGACAAGAAGCGCCUCAGCAAGGCGCCCCUGGGGUCAGCCGCCCUGGGGCCCCCGCGCGGCCCGCGGCUGCAGGGUGGCUGCAGCUUGACGCUGCAGCCCGACUACGCCAAGUACGCCACGUUCAAGGCAGCCACGCUGAAGGCCAGAGAGGCUGGCCCGCGGGACUUCUGCCAGCGUUUUCCCGCCCUCGAGCCGUCCCCGCGACAACCCCCGGCGGGGGCCCCGCGUCCCGCCCCGGACUUGCCUGCGCCCCUGGACGCCUGCCCCUGGGCCCCACCGGGCUACGCGCCCCCUGCUGCGCGGGGCCCCUAUGCCGCCUGGACGGCCAGUCGCCCGGCCCGGACCGCCCCGCUCGGCCACCCGGCGGCUCAGGCCUUCCAGGUACCUCGGCGGCCCGGUCACGCGGCCCGGCGCCAGUUCAGCGUGGAGAAGAUGCCCGAGACCUUCAGCCCGCACCCCCCAAGCCUUUACCGCGGCGCGGGCCGCGGGUCCCGGUACCUAAGGACCAACAGCAAGACCGAGGUCACCGUGUGAAGCAGGGCCGCGGUCCCCUCGAGGCAUGGGCUAGGGCCCUCGUCUGCCCGUUGGAGCCCCAGGCCACAGGGAGAA